AUGUCGUUUGUUCCUCUUUUCCAGGCAAAGACACCCAAAUACAAUAUUUAUGGUAACAACGGUGAGGAAAACUGGGCAGCUGACGACCCUGGGAUUAGUGUGAGCUACGGGAGUCUUAACGUAUUUGGGCUGACUGGUGCUACUGACGACGAUAUCAGCAUUCCCAGUGAAAAUGUCCCGGUACACUCCACGCCCUUCUCUACUCGCGUCCCGCCCCUCCUUGCUCGCGUGGCUUCGACAGUGGCCACGGACUCCUCCUUAGAUACCCGCCAGACCCGGAACACAACAGCAGCAGGGGCCGGAAGAGGAGGAGGAGAGUCAUCUACUGAGAGCAUUAGCAGUAUGGAGGUGGCCAGAAACAAAGAUGGGUUAAGCAAAGAUGUGACUGGGAUGCGAAACUUGAGCCUCCUCUCUAAGACAUCAGAGAGCUGGGCUUCUAGCAGUAGACGGGGUGCCAGGUCUUAUCGCCAGCCUCCAGAUCCUUUCAUCUCCACCAGCACCACUACACUUUCCUCAGCUACCACCAGCAAGGUAAGGACGUCUGCCUCAAGUAGUAGCAACAGGACCCCUGCCUCGAAUCGUAUGAGGACUCCCGGCUCAGGACCUUCCAAGACUUCAGGCUCAGGGCGCUCUAAGACUCCUGGGUCAGGUAGAACCAGGACGCCGGGGUCAGCAGCCAGCAGGACACCACGAUCUGCUCAGGAACUCCCUCCUUCUGCUAUUGUGGCGGUGGUGGAGGGUCGCGGGCAGGCUCGUAGGGAGGUAGGCGUGGCUGCCAUCGACCUGCGUUGCCCACAACUCUCCCUGGCACAGUUCUCCGACACACACACCUACACCCGCACCAUCACCAAGCUCUCCAUUCUUAACCCACUCGAGAUCAUAGUAGCGACGACAGCGGUAAGACUAGAGUGUGAACGUGGUAGUGGAGGUGGUGGUCUGGUGAAGGUGGUGCAGGAGAGUAUCCCAGGGGUCUCUGUUACCGCCGUCCAUCGUCGCUACUUCAACGACACCCGCGGCUUGGCCAUCGUCAAGCACCUGGCUGCUCCUCACUGUGCUUACGUCGAGAGACACGUCGCCACAAAGUACUACUGCCUGGCGUCGGUGGCAGCUGUCAUGAAGUACGUCGAACAUAUCCAACACGUCACCUACGCCCCCCACAGCCUCCUCGUCUCUCUCACCUCCUCAGAGAACUCGAUGAGUAUCGGAAUAAAAAUUGCUACAUCAGAAACCUUUAUGGAAUUUGCACAGGAUACGGAACAGCGUUGUGAGCUCCGCCUCAACUACGUGAUAUCCAUGAAGAACACCCUGGAGUUGGUAGACCCCCUGGCUAAGGCUCUCCACGAUGUGACUGACCCUCUGCUGCUCACUAUCAAGGAGGGCGUGAGCAGUACGGUGCUGGAGGAGCUACUGGGGGUACUGAGAGAGGUGGUACACGAGGACGCCCGGAUGGUGAAGGGCGCCGCCGCUAUGAGGACUCAGCGCUGCUACGCCAUCAAGAGCCACGUCAACGGCCUACUCGAUGUCGCCCGCAAGAUCUACUCAGAGAUAAUCGACGAUAUUACAGAACACGUGGAGACUGCGGGCAGGGAACACGGGGUGUAUGUGAGGGUCGGCCAUAACGCUGCCAGGGGUUUUCACAUCACCAUUCCCGUCAAGAAGAAAACACAACCGCCUCGCCUUGACAGCGUUUUCAUACAGAUACAGCGUGGUCGAGGCUGUAUCACCUGUACCACGGAACACCUGUACCAGCUGGACCAACGCUCCCGGGACACACUGAGAGAGAUCCUCAUCAUGAGUAACGUGAUCGUGUUGGAAAUGCUGGUUGAGGCUCGUGGCCGCAUGGGGGCGCUACACGGGCUGGGGGAGGCGGUGGCUACGCUCGACCUGUUGGUUGCUCUGGCUCAUGCUGCCGCCCUUGGGACUUGGGUUAGGCCUGAGUUCUCUCACGCCCUGGCUAUCCGUAACGGCAGGCAUCCCAUCCUUGACGUACUGGCCAUCAAACCUCCCGUCCCUAACAAUACAUUCCUGAGCCCGGAGAACAGCGUGAUGGUGGUAACAGGACCCAACAUGAGCGGCAAGAGCACCUACCUCCGUCAGAUCGCCUUAAUACAGGUCCUUGCCCAGAUCGGGAGCUUCGUGCCGGCAGAGUAUGCUUCCCUGCGGCUGGUGCGACAGAUCUACACACACCUGGGCUCCGAAGACGCACCUGAAAACAACGCCUCUACCUUUCAAGUUCAGGACUUUGAAAAUCUUUUUGAAGUUGGCCGGGACUUGCUGGAUCAAGAGACUGGGUAA